AGCUCCUCCCCCUGCCACUGCUGCCUCUCGGCUCCCAUCACACUGAGGAUGUCCCGGGGCUGAGCAGGCUCGCGUUACAUGGGAACCGGGGAGGGCAGGUGACAAGGAGGACAGCGACUCGCGCGUAACACCGGGCGCCAUCUGCAGCGUUGCUUCUUCACGGCUCGGUGACGGCAGGUCCAUCAUGUCGGGCUCUCCGGACGAGAGCUCGGUGCGGGUGGCUCUCAGAAUUCGACCACAGUUGGCCAAAGAAAAAAUUGAAGGCUGUCAUAUUUGCACGUCUGUUACACCCGGAGAGCCUCAAGUACUGCUUGGGAAAGAUAAAGCAUUUACCUUCGACUAUGUCUUUGACCUUGAUUCAAGGCAGGAUGAAAUCUACACUCAGUGCACAGAAAAACUUAUUGAAGGCUGCUUUGAAGGAUACAAUGCAACAAUUUUUGCAUAUGGCCAAACGGGUUCUGGAAAAACCUACACCAUGGGAACAGGAUUUGACGUGAACCUAUGUGAAGAAGAACAAGGCAUCAUCACCCGUGCUGUUAAGCAUCUUUUCAAACUGAUUGAGGAAAAAAAACAAGCUGCUCUGGAAGAAGGGCUUCCACCACCAGAUUUUAAAGUCAAUUCUCAAUUUUUGGAGCUUUACAAUGAAGAAGUACUUGAUUUGUUUGAUUCAACCCGUGAUAUUGAAGCUAGGAACAAAAAGUCAAACAUCAAAAUACAUGAGGAUUCGAAUGGAGGAAUUUACACAGUUGGAGUCACAACACGUAGUGUGAGCUCAGAAGCCGAGAUGAUCCAGUGCUUAAAGCUUGGUGCCUUAUCCAGAACUACUGCCAGCACCCAAAUGAAUGUUCAGAGUUCUCGUUCACACGCCAUUUUCACCAUCCACUUAUGUCAAAGUCGUGUUUGUUCCAAACUUAAUAACGAGAAUGACUUGGAUAAUAGGAUCACAUCUGAAUCUAAUCAAAUGAAUGAGUUUGAAACCCUUACUGCCAAGUUUCAUUUUGUUGACUUGGCUGGGUCAGAACGGUUGAAGCGAACUGGAGCUACUGGAGAUCGAGCCAGGGAAGGCAUUUCCAUUAACUGUGGACUGUUGGCCCUUGGAAAUGUAAUUAGUGCUUUAGGAGAUAAAAGCAAGAAGGCCACUCAUGUGCCUUACAGGGACUCUAAGUUAACACGUCUGCUUCAGGACUCGCUGGGAGGUAACAGCCAAACAAUUAUGAUUGCUUGUAUAAGCCCUUCAGACAGAGAUUUCAUGGAAACACUGAACACACUUAAGUAUGCCAAUCGAGCACGUAACAUCAAGAACAAAGUUAUGGUUAACCAAGAUCGAACUAGUCAGCAGAUAAAUGCAUUGAGGAAUGAAAUAGCCCGUCUGCAGAUGGAGCUGACGGAGUACAAGACAGGUAAAAGAAUUAUUGAUGAAGAAGGUGUUGAGAGCAUCAAUGAUAUGGUCCAUGAGAAUGCAAUGCUGCAAACUGAAAACAGCAAUCUGCGGGUGAGAAUUAAGGCCAUGCAGGAAACCAUUGAUGCUUUAAGAAUGAGGCUCACCCAGCUUAUGAGUGAUCAAGCCAACCAGGUCCUUGCUAGAGCAGGAGAUGGAAAUGAAGAAAUAAGCAACAUGAUUCACAAUUACAUCAAAGAGAUUGAGGACCUACGAGCCAAAUUAUUAGAAAGCGAAGCAGUGAAUGAAAACCUUCGGAGAAACUUGUCAAGAGCUUCGACAAGAUCUUCCUACUUUUCUGCUCAUUCUCCUUUCCCUGCAUCUUUACUUCCUGCGGAGAAAGAGACCACUGAAAUCAUAGACAUGGCAAAAAAAGACUUGGAAAAAUUGAAAAAGAUUGAGAAAAAGAAGAAGAAAAGGCUACUGCAGCUCCAGGAAAGCGAUCAAGAAGAAAGAAGUGUUGUCAGGGAUGAGAACACAGAGAAUGAGAAGUCAGAUGAAAAGGGGAUUACUGAAGGAGAAAUCCAUGAAUUGGAAGAAGAAAUCCAAGAUGGGAGCGAUCAUGAAGAAGAAGAGGAGGAAGACGAGGAGGAGGAUGAAGAUGCUGGCGAUAGUUCAGAUGAAUCAGAUUCUGAAUUGGAAGAGAAAGAGAAUUACCAGGCUGAUCUGGCUAACAUUACCUGUGAAAUUGCUAUAAAGCAGAAACUGAUUGAUGAAUUAGAAAACAGCCAGCGAAGAUUGCAUACUCUAAAGCAGCAGUAUGAAGAGAAACUGAUGACCUUGCAGCAUAAAAUACAGGACACUCAAUUAGAGAGAGAUCGUGUCCUGCAGAACAUGGGAUCAAUGGAAACAUGCACUGAAGAAAAAACAAAAAAGAUCAAGACUGAGUAUGAAAAAAAGCUUCAGACAAUGCAUAAAGAACUUCAAAAACUGCAGGCCGCUCAAAAGGAACAUGCCCGGCUCUUGAAAAACCAGUCACAGUAUGAAAAGCAGAUGAAGAAGUUGCAACAGGAGGUGGUGGAAAUGAAGAAAACAAAGGUACGGCUUAUGAAACAAAUGAAAGAAGAGCAAGAGAAGGCCAGAUUAACAGAAUCACGCAGAACCCGUGAAAUUUCACAACUGAAAAAGGACCAGCGGAAACGAGAGUAUCAGCUAAAACAGCUUGAAGCCCAAAAAAGACAACAAGAAGUUGUGUUGCGUCGCAAGACAGAAGAGGUCAAUUCUCUUAGGCGGAAAGUAAAACCAAUGUCUGAUAAAGUUGGUGGAAGGGUGAAUCGAAAAAUAAGUUUACCUGAACCCAUUUCUGAGCAUGUAUCAAAUUAUGCAGAUGAGCGUGAUUCUACGAGAGUAGUAGGAAAUCAGAGACUGAGAAUUCCUGUUGCCAAAGUGCAGCCUGCGACGACCACCGCAUUAAAUGGAACUAGGAAAAAACAUCAAAGAACAAGCAUUUACACUUCAAAGGCAGCCAGACAGAAGUGGCAGUCACUGGAGCGCAGGAUCACAGACAUUGUGAUGCAGAGGAUGACUAUUUCUAAUAUGGAAGCCGACAUGAACAGACUACUGACGCAACGGGAGGUACUUACAAAAAGAAAAGAAAAGGUGAUGAAGAAGAGAGACCGAAUUUUGAAGGAAAAUGGAGAGGCCGACAAAAAUGUUUAUAACCUCAAUGAAGAAAUUGAGUGCCUUAGUGCCAAUGUUGACUACAUAAAUGACAGCAUAUCUGACUGUCAAGCCAGCAUCAUGCAGAUGGAAGAGGCAAAGGAAGAGGGUGAUACGUUGGAUGUAACUGCGAUUAUUAGUUCCUGCACUCUUACAGAAGCACGAUACUUACUGGAUCAUUUUCUUUCAAUGGCUGUCAGCAAGGGUCUAUUAGCAGCACAGAGAGAGGCUCAGAUUAAAGUUCUUGAAGGACGUCUCAAACAAACUGAAUUCACCAGUGCUACUCAAAAUCAGCUUUUGUUUCAUAUGUUAAAGGAAAAGGCGGAACUGAAUCCUGAACUUGAUGCUCUUCUAGGCCAUGCCUUACAAGACCUAGAUAGCAUUCCACUGGAGAAUACAGAAAAUAGCAGCGAUGAAGAAGGGUCGUUGCAGAGUCCCGGAACAGAAGGCAGUUCCUUGUCUUCAGAUCUCAUGAAACUGUGCGGUGAGGUGAAACCCAAGAGUAAGGCUCGAAGGCGAACUACUACUCAACUGGAGCUGCUUUAUGCAGAUAACGUCGAGUCACCCGCGGAUCCAGGCACAGGAGACCCUGGUGUGUCCACUUACCUCCCGCCAGUGGCAGAAGUUCCAGAGACUGUACCGAACUUGGAAGCAAGUGGAAAUAAUGUUAGGGAGAAAGAUCUACAACAACCACCUUCUGGUUUACCUUCUAAAAUAGGCAGCAUGGCAAAGCAAAUCCCUUUGGCUGAAAAACGUGUACCUGAACCUUCACCGUUAUCAAGAAGGAAAACUUAUGAAAAAGGUGGAGAUAAAACAAUAAAAACCAAAGAACAGAAGUGCUCAGAUUCUGGAACUUCAGAGGCUAGUCUGUCACCUCCUUCUUCCCCAACAAGUCGGUCCCGUAACGAAAUGAAUGUUUUUAGCCGUCUCACAGUUUCUCAGGGAAACGCAGCUUUUCAGCAGGAUAAGUCUGAUGAAAGUGAUUCCUCUCUGUCCGAGGUACACAGGGGCAUAAUUAACCCAUUUCCUACCCCCAGAGGCAGCAAGUCAUCACUUUUGCAGUGCACUCAUAUAGCCGAAGGGCACAACAAGGCUGUGCUUUGCCUAGAUGCUACUGAUGAUCUGCUUUUUACUGGAUCUAAAGACCGUACUUGUAAAGUAUGGAAUCUUGUCACCGGGCAAGAAAUUAUGUCUCUUGGAGGUCAUCCGAAUAAUGUUGUGUCUGUGAAGUAUUGCAACUACACCAGUCUGGUGUUCACUGUUUCAACAUCUUAUAUUAAGGUGUGGGACAUCAGAGACUCUGCUAAAUGUGUCCGGACGCUUACAUCUUCCGGUCAAGUGGUGGCUUGGGAUUCAUGUGCUGGAAGUCAGAACCGAACAGUAACUAUACCUGCUGGAGAGAACCAAAUCAAUCAAAUUGCACUCAACCCCACAGGCACUGUACUUUAUGCAGCUGCUGGAAAUGCAGUGAGGAUGUGGGAUCUAAAGAGGUUUCAUCCUACUGGAAAGCUUUGCGGACAUCUUGGACCUGUUAUGUGUCUUACAGUAGAUCAGAUAGCUAAUGGGCAAGAUCUGAUUAUUACUGGUUCUAAGGAUCAUUAUAUAAAGAUGUUUGAUAUAACUGAAGGCGCGCUUGGUACUGUAAGUCCUACACAUUGUUUUGAACCUCCUCAUUAUGAUGGAAUUGAAUCACUUGUCAUCUAUGGAGACAACCUUUUCAGUGGAUCCAGAGACAAUGGAAUUAAGAAAUGGGACCUAUCUAGAAAGGAUCUUAUUCAGCAAGUUCCAAAUGCCCAUAAGGAUUGGGUAUGUGCUCUUGGAGUUGUGCCGAACUUCCCUGUUAUUCUAAGUGGUUGUCGAGGAGGCAUUUUAAAGCUCUGGAAUGUAGACACCCUUUUACCCAUAGGAGAUCUCAAAGGACACGAUAGCCCUAUAAAUGCAAUCUGCACGAACUCAACUCAUAUCUUCACAGCAUCAGAUGAUCAGACAGUGAGGAUUUGGAAAGCUAACGGAUUACUGGAUGGACAGUUAUCAGAUGGAGGUGACACCAGUGAAGAUGUUGCAAGCUGCUGAGCUUUGUGUUCUACAUGAUACUGUGAUACGCUGUUUACUGUUUUUGACUCAUUCGGGCAUUUAAUGAUUACUGGCUUUAACUAUACUGGAUCUAACUGGAAACUGUAUCCAACGUAAUGUUUGCUGUAUUGUUAAUAGUGCUUAGCUUAUGUAACAAGCUUCACCUACACAUAUAGAAAGCCUGUUGGCAUCAAAAUGUAUGCACUUUGUUAUGGAUGUUGUCUGGGCACAAAAAUGGUCACACUAAUCUGCAACCAUAAUACUAGCUGAAAUUAAGCAAAGUAAUGUGUGUAUUUAACAGAGUAUAAUAGAAACUGUUCACUUUAAGUGAUGUUCCACUAUCUAAUAUCACAUCUUGAUGUAAAGUAUUAAUAUGUGCCUGUAGUUGAAAAAAUCAAAAGCCUAAUGCUUUGGAACGUUAUACCCACCUGGCCAAGGUACAUGUGCCCACUUGUGCACAGGAUUUAAUGUGCGGAAAAUGGCUAAACCAUUAUUUCAGGAAGAGCUUUGUUGGAUCUGUUUCAGUUCUGUCUCCAUACUGUAUGCUAUAAGUUAUUUUUCUUAAUUUUUUUUUUAAAAAAAUCAUUUUGAUUUUAUACUCUCCUCGCAGCUGCUUAAUUGUGCUUUUAUCUAAUUUAAUAUGCUGCUAUAUAUAUAUAUCUAAAAGACUGUUUUUCAAGCAAGAACUUCAUCUGUGGUAGAGCUCUGUGUAAAUAAUUUGAUUGUAAAAAGAUACUUAGUUCCUCCUGCUUAGAUUUUAAAAUGCCAUAGAGAGUUGGUCUUCUGGGGAAAAAAUACUUUCAUUUGCUGACUUUUUACACCUUAUUUUGUAAAUUUGAUGCUCUCAAGAUUUAAUAUAGAUUAAAUUAUGUGUGUAUUGAGUUUGUAGAUCUUUGUGAUGAUAACCUGUGAACUUGAGUUAAGCUAAUGCAUGAAUAAACACAUGCAAAUUAAAA